GCCGCUGGUGGUCUCCGGCCGUCCAUGCACAAAGCGCCCUCUCCAACAGCCGAACCGCCGCCGGGCGGAGCAGACGCCACCCGCCGGACUCCGCAGCCCAGACUCAAGGUCAGUGCCCCAGCCAUGGCACUGCCUCGGACACUGGGUGAGCUUCAACUGUAUCGGGUCUUGCAGCGUGCCAACCUCCUUUCCUACUACGAGACCUUCAUCCAACAGGGAGGGGACGACGUGCAGCAGCUGUGUGAGGCGGGUGAGGAGGAGUUUCUGGAAAUCAUGGCACUUGUGGGUAUGGCCACCAAGCCCCUCCAUGUCCGGCGCCUGCAGAAGGCUCUAAGAGAAUGGGCCACCAAUCCAGGGCUCUUCAGCCAACCAGUGCCUGCUGUGCCUGUCUCCAGCAUCCCUCUUUUCAAGAUCUCUGAGACUGCAGGGACCCGAAAAGGAAGCAUGAGCAAUGGGCACGGCAGCCCAGGGGAAAAGGCAGGCAGCACACGCAGUUUUAGCCCUAAGAGUCCCCUCGAACUUGGAGAGAAGCUGUCACCACUGCCUGGAGGACCUGGGGCAGGGGACCCCCGGAUCUGGCCAGGACAAAGCACUCCAGAGUCGGACGUUGGCGCCGGAGGAGAAGAGGAGGCUGGGUCACCCCCCUUCUCCCCCCCUGCAGGAGGCGGAGUCCCUGAAGGAACGGGGGCUGGGGGCGUGGCCACAGGUGGGACUGGGAGUGGUCCAGACCGCCUGGAGCCGGAGAUGGUGCGCAUGGUGGUGGAGAGCGUGGAGAGGAUCUUCCGGAGCUUCCCCCGGGGUGACGCUGGGGAGGUCACGUCUCUGCUGAAGCUGAAUAAGAAGCUGGCACGGAGUGUAGGGCACAUCUUUGAAAUGGACGAUAAUGACAGCCAGAAGGAAGAGGAGAUCCGGAAGUACAGCAUCAUCUAUGGCCGCUUCGACUCCAAACGGCGGGAGGGCAAGCAGCUCAGCUUGCAUGAGCUGACCAUCAAUGAGGCUGCUGCUCAGUUCUGCAUGAGGGACAACACCCUCCUACUUCGGAGGGUAGAGCUCUUCUCUCUGUCCCGCCAAGUAGCCCGAGAGAGCACCUACCUAUCGUCCUUGAAAGGCUCCAGGCUCCACUCUGAAGAACUAGGGGGCCCACCACUAAAGAAACUGAAACAAGAGGUUGGAGAACAGAGUCAUCCUGAAAUCCAGCAGCCUCCUCCAGGCCCCGAGUCCUAUGCACCCCCGUACCGCCCCAGCUUGGAGGAGGACAGCGCCAGCCUUUCUGGGGAGAGCCUAGAUGGACACUUGCAGGCUGUGGGGUCAUGCCCAAGGCUGACGCCGCCCCCUGCUGACCUGCCCCUGGCAUUGCCAGCCCAUGGGCUAUGGAGCCGCCACAUCCUGCAGCAGACACUGAUGGACGAGGGGCUGCGGCUCGCCCGCCUCGUCUCCCACGACCGCGUGGGCCGCCUUAGCCCCUGUGUGCCUGCAAAGCCGCCUCUCGCAGAGUUCGAGGAAGGGCUUCUGGACCGAUGCCCCGCCGCAGGACCACACCCUGCUCUGGUGGAGGGUCGCCGGAGCAGUGUGAAAGUGGAGGCCGAGGCCAGCCGGCAGUGAGGAUGAACCGGUGUCCUCAGACCCAGCGCACAGACCCCCACACUCUGUCCCCGCAAUCCAGUCACCAUCCUAGAAGGAUCCUUUGGCUGCCCAUCUCCUGGCUCCCCAUCUGCUCCAUGGGCACAGGACUAUGGAGCUUCAAGCAAUAACGAGCAAGGGCCUGGAGAGGACACAAAGAGGGUGCGUGGUGCACCCCCACCCUGUUCAGGGGCAAGGACUCUGCCUCCUGGACACUGGGGCUCUCCCUCCCCCCACACCACAUACUUCCAUGCUCCCGGUGUGAACACCUGUGGUGUGAGCAAGAUGGCUCAGCUUGGACUUGGGGGAAGGAGGACUUAUCCCGGGAAGGUCCAGCAGCUAAAGAGGACAUUUCUCCUCAGACGGGGAGCCUACCAACACUGGACCUCUCCUCCCCUUCUCCUCCCUCCUCAGUUCUGUGCUUUUAGUUUCUUUAACUUGACAAGUGCUGCCUUGUGCCCACCUAGCCCAUCGUCUUCCCUGCUCUCUCCAGUUCUCUGCACCAACUCCUGGGAGGCCUGUGUUGGACUCUGGAUCGACCCAGCGGGCUGGACCGCAGCACUUGUCUAAGCAGUCAGACCGUCUUUCUUUUCAGAUUGUGUACAGUAGAUUAUUUAUUUUGUUAUUUUGGAAUAAAAUUUAUUUUAUGGUUUAGGA